AUGGCGACAUUCACCGAUCCGCUCGACUCCAUCACCGAUCCGAGCGACUGGGCCGACUCCAGUUUCCCAAACCUGUCCAAGCUAGAUUCGCUUCUCCGCUGCCACAUUUGCAAAGAUUUUCUAAAGGCCCCGGUGUUGACGUCCUGCGACCAUAUAUUCUGCUCUGUGUGUAUCAGACGCAGUUUGGAGAGCGACAAGAAAUGUCCUUUGUGUCAUGAGGAAACGUACGAAAGCAAGCUGCGCAAGGUGCUUCUUCUGGACGAGAUAUCAUCGUGGUUCACACGAAACCGACCAGAACUGCUUGACAAACACAGGCCGACUGCGAAUAACACCCCAGAGCCCGUGGCUGCACCAGAGCCGGAAAAACCUGCAGUGCCGCUCAGAUACGAGUCGCGCAAGAAACGCGCGGCCGAGGAGCCGCUCGUGGAGUGUCCGGUAUGCUCCACGUUCAUGUCUGCGGACGAGCUGCAGACAUCCCAUAUAGACAGUUGUCUGGCCAACAAGCGGGCCAGGCCGAGCCCGAGCCGGCCGGUGAUUUCGAGUUUUUUCAAGAAAGAGCGCACGCCCCAGACACAGCCCGAGUUCGUCAAGAAGAAGACCAAGAUCACCAAUUUGGACCCGACUAUAUCCACCAACAAGCUCAAGGAAAAGCUUAACUAUUGGAACCUUCCGACAAGCGGGACACGGCACCAGAUGGAAACCCGGAUGAAGGAGUUUAUCAGCAUGUAUAACGCGAAUCUGGACUCGGUAAAUCCCGUUGACGACCGCGUGUUGAUCAACCGGCUCAUGAAAUGGGAAGGGACGUACUCGCUGAGCAAAACGGCGGGCGACACCGAGGAGGAUGGUGCGCAGUGGCGCAGAAAGUACCAAAAGGAAUACGACGAACUGAUAAAACAGGCCAGAGCCAACAUGAACCGCAUCAAUACCAAAUUAGAUAGUACCGAUUAA